AUGUCUACGACGUACACGGAGACGAGCGCAGCCGCAGGACCAAGCGGGCGAACGGCUGCCUCGAGUAGACAAAUUCCCAUCGUCCUCACAACAACUCUUGGUGGUCUACAGAUUCCACAGCAGCCGUACUUGGUACCCACAACUUGGAGACGAACUCACCUUUCCAGUCUGGUCAAUAGGCUACUGAACUCCAUUAGAGAAGCGGGGGAUGUUGUGUCUGCAACGGCUGCAAGCAUCCCAUUCGACUUCAUUGUCAGAUCUACAGGCGAGAUUCUGAGGAGCAGCGUGCAGGACUGGCUGGAUGCGAAUGGUAGGACAGAGGAGGAGACGCUCGAGCUGGAGUACAUCCGUAGCACACUGCCACCGCGCUUUACAGCUGCAUUUGAGCAGGAUGAUUGGAUUUCUUGUGUCGAUGCGAGUCGGGACGGGUGAGUGACGUGACGUGACGUGACGUGACGUGACGUGACCUGGCGAUCCUGGAGAUGGACAUGCGGCUUCAUCGAGCAUACAGCUCAGACUCUCCCACCUCAACGCAUCCUAGGUUCUUUCUGACAAGCUCGUACGACGGAACGUUGCGCCUCUUUGGUGAAAGUGGCAUCUCGGCACUGAUGAAUCAUAGGAUACCCUCUGGUGUUGCCGGUCUUGGGUUGACAGGAGCCCGCUUCGUCGUCUCCCACCCUGCCUCGUCUAGCGCUCAAAUCUUGGCGAGCGGCAUGGACGGCAAAGUGCAUCUCUUGGAUACUUCUCUGCCAUCAAGUACCGAGGUUGUUGAGGGACAAGCUUCAUCAACUCAGCUGAUCGCUAGUGGUGUCACUUCGAGCUCUUUGGGUCAGUCACCUAUCUCCUGCCUGAAUGUGGCGCCCUCACAGGACGUGGCGGGCUGGAAGGCCUUGACGGGCGCGUGGGACGGCAGCGUGUCGUUUUGGGAUUCGACUUCUCUCGUCGAUGCGCCAAGCACUUCCAUCGAGCUUCAGUCCAAGAAGAGGCGCAAAGCUGAGAAGGGAUCUAUAGCUGCUGGAGAGAACGUGGAGCACACUGGCAAGAUUUUGAAGUCCAAAGCUACGUUGUGGCACGCCGCGCCGAACCCCGCUCCGCCUGGCAAUUUACCGCCUGCAAUUGCAUCCAGCGCCCCCUCGGCUAUGCCGAGCUCCAAUGCGCGCGUCGGUGGAGUAGCUUUCGACAAGAAUAGGGAGGGCUUUGCUUACUCUGCCGGGUGGAACGGGUCAGUCAGAGAGUGGGAUCUGGAAAUUGGAACUGCAGUGGGACAGAAGGUGAGUCGCUCGAACACUACCCUCUGACCAGUCUUUUGGUGGAAUCUCAUCGAUGUCCACUUGUCCUUUUGCUGGCAGACAUGCGAUAGACCCAUCCUGUCCAUGACGCACCUUGCACCUUCUGGUAGCACGGCAGCUCUGCUGACGAGUCACAUGGAUCGAAGCCUAGCGCUAUGGGAUCCGAGAAGUGGUGCGUCGUACUUGAUUUGGCUAGCCCUGCACUCUGUCUGAACUUACACGUUUCUGUCGGCUCGCCUACCUUCAGCUUCGUUGUCUGCGCUUAGCGUCAAUAUCGCUGGCGCGGCCGCUGGGCCGAUUUCAACUUUAUCUCCGCAUCCUACAUCCUCACAUUUAUUUGCCGCAGGCUCUCACGAUGGCGCUCUGAAGUUGUGGGACAUACGUAGUCCCAAGAGCGCGCUGUUCAGCCUCAAGACCUCUUCCAGUGCAGCGCCGGGACAAGAAAAUUUGACAAAGGUCCUCACAGUGGAUUGGGACAGGUCAGGUCAGGUGUUGGUCUGCGGUGGCGAGGAUAAGAAAUUGACGGUACACCGAGGCGAGGGAAUUGGGAGAAACGAUCUCGCAAAGCAGUAA